UCUCAUCUACUUAAAACUCUCUUUUACACUUUCAACUCCUAAGAUUCUUGUCUUUGGGUCCUCUGUUACACAAACUCAAGAACUCUUUAAGAUUCUUGUCUUUGGGUCCUCUAUUUUGCUUUAAAAAGAACCAAAAACCUCACUGAGACUUCCUCAGUCUUCCUCUGGUUUUUAAGCUAGUUACUAGUUUGGACAUCUUCUGUAUAACAUAAAUUUAAUCAGGAGGACAUGAAACUGAGUUGAGACAAGUCAUAUUUGAAGACGAAGUGGUUAAGGAAACAGAAGAAAGAAGAUGAAGUAUGUGGUUGUUUCAGGAGGAGUAGUGAGUGGACUCGGAAAAGGAGUUACAGCAAGUAGCAUCGGACUCAUCCUCAAAUCCUGUGGCUUCCGAGUCACCGCCAUUAAAAUCGAUCCUUACUUAAACAUUGAUGCUGGGACCAUGUCACCUAUUGAGCAUGGUGAAGUCUACGUCUUGGACGAUGGUGGAGAGGUUGAUCUUGAUCUUGGGAACUAUGAGAGGUUCAUGGAUAUCAAGCUGACACGUGAAAACAACAUAACUACCGGAAAAGUUUACAAGCAUGUGCUUGAGAAAGAGAGGAGAGGAGAUUACCUUGGGAAGACUGUUCAGGUUGUUCCUCAUAUCACUGAUGCUAUUCAAGAAUGGAUUGAGCGUGCAGCUAGGAUUCCAGUUGAUGGACAGUCUGGUCCAGCUGAUGUUUGUGUCAUUGAACUUGGAGGCACAAUAGGAGAUAUAGAGUCCAUGCCUUUCAUUGAAGCUCUUGGGCAGUUCUCCUAUCGCGUUGGAUCUGAGAAUUUUUGCUUGAUCCAUGUCAGUCUUGUGCCUGUAUUGAAUGUUGUUGGUGAACAGAAGACUAAACCAACACAACAUAGCGUUCGAGACUUGAGAGGUCUUGGACUGAGCCCCAAUAUCUUGGCUUGCCGAAGCACAAAGCCACUUGAGGAUAAUGUGAAGGCCAAACUCUCUCAGUUUUGCCAUGUCCCGAUGGAAAACGUUGUCACUCUCUACGAUUGUCCCAACAUUUGGCACAUUCCAUUGCUUCUCCAAGAACAAAAGGCACACGAGGCAAUUUUGCGUGUUUUGAACCUUAAAGGAGUUGCAAAGGAGCCUGCAUUAGAGGAAUGGUCUUUGAUGGCUAAAAUGACUGACAAGUUACAUGUUCCGGUAAGAAUUGCUGUGGUUGGGAAAUACACUGAGCUCUUGGAUUCGUAUCUUUCCAUUCACAAGGCUCUCUUGCACGCUUCUGUGGCUAGGCGCAAGAAACUUGUCAUAGAUUGGAUUUCAGCUAGUGAUCUUGAACAAGGUGUAAAAAAGGAGAAUCCGGAUGCAUAUAAGGCCGCCUGGAAGUUACUCAAGGGUGCUGAUGGUGUUCUUGUGCCUGGUGGUUUUGGCCAUAGAGGUGUAGAAGGAAAGAUUCUGGCAGCGAAAUAUGCCAGAGAAAACAGAGUUCCAUACCUUGGUAUCUGUCUGGGCAUGCAGCUUGCUGUGAUUGAGUUUGCAAGAACCGUACUCGGUAUGCCAGAUGCAAACAGCACUGAACUUGAUGCCAACACCAAAAACCCUUGUGUGAUUUUUAUGCCUGAGGGGUCUAAAACGCAUAUGGGAGGCACUAUGAGGUUAGGCUCAAGAAGAACUUAUUUUCAUGCUAAGGACUCCAAAUCUGCAAAACUAUAUGGGAGCAAAGCUUUUGUCGAUGAAAGACACCGACACAGAUAUGAGGUGAAUCCAGCCAUGGUUCCACGUUUUGAGAGCUCUGGACUCACAUUCACAGGAAAAGACGAGACGGGUCAGCGAAUGGAGAUUAUUGAACUGCCUAACCAUCCAUUUUACAUCGGAGCUCAGUUCCAUCCCGAGUACAAAUCAAGACCCGGAAAACCAUCUCCUCUGUUUCUAGGACUAAUUGGAGCAGCUAGUGGAGAACUAGACAGUGUACUGCAACAAAGCUGCCAAGAAACUGUUGUUCCACGUCUUCAACCCAAUGGAAAAUUUGAGAGAGUUUAUUGGAAAGGCGCACCAAAAAAGCCAGUCAGUGUUUUGUACAGUUUAUGUGAUCGUGUCUACUCAUGAACGUGUCAGCAUCAACAAUGACUUCUCUCUGCAACCAAAAAAGCUACUUUAUCCGGAAUUUUUAACAUGGAUUUCUUCACCUGUGGAAAGAGAGAAGGGCUCUGAUUUUGUACAGUUUGAAGAUUGGCUUUUUAUGAGAUGCUUUUUCUUAAGAUUAUGAAGAAGAAGAAGAACACUAAACACAAGCAGCAUUAGAAUAUACCUUUGUCUUUUGUAAUGGGUAGUAUUUAGAGAGUCAUGAGAUUGGCUCUCUGUUGCUGUGUUUCUUGGAUUCUUAUGUAGUAGUAUUAUUAUUAAGUAGCUUUUUGGUUUUUUUUUAUGGGGUUGUUAUGGUUUAAAUAUUUCCAGAGAAGUACCGAUGUUUUUCCGGUACAUGGUUUGAUUUCUCUGUAUGUUAAUGUAGUUUGUUAUCUGUUAUUUUAAUGGUUAUAAAACUAGUUUGAUC